CCUUGCCGCAUUUUAGAUUAGAGCUGUAUAUAAUUAGUUUUGCAAUAGUAGAAACUUAUAGGUCACUUGGUGAUUUAUUAUUUAUGCUUGGGAAUUCCGUCAGCAGUAUUCAAAAGUCGCAUGUCCACGCAAAUAAACACCCAAUUUUGCAAUCACCAGCAAAUUUUCUAAACUGGGCAAUUUCGUAAAAUGCUACCAUCAGGCUAAAUUAAGUUGACGACGCAAUACUCGUUUAAGAAAAAAUCGCAAUUUUGCGCAGUUAGUAAGAUGCUGCGUUUCGGAGUGCAUUACUGUUUAGGUCUUAAAAUUCUGCACCUUAUCAGUCUCGUUUUUGGAUAUUGGAUUCCUUUGAAGCCUAUGCCAAAAAAGCUGGAUACUCUAAUGUUUGUCUUUGCCACGGUUACCACCAUUAUUUUCGUCUGCCAAUCUCUAUUUGCUCUAUACACGACAUUUAGCUACUCUUUGGUCAGCUACAUGCAUGGCGUUAUUUACGCGGUCAGCAUAAUAACCAUCUUGAAGCACCUGUUUUGCGUCACCUACUAUCACGUUAGCAGGAGGGAAAUGAUCGAGAUUUUUCUUCAAUUGCAGGUUAUUCUAGACAAAUACAACUAUCCUUUUGUGAAUUUGCAAACGAUUGCUUUGAAAAUAUCAAGACGAGUAAUUGCGUUCUACUUCCUUCCUCCUGCGAUAUACAUUUUGCUGAUAAAGAGCAACUUUAUCAGUUCCAUUGAAAUACAUCAUAUCUCACGAAAUGUGACCAAAAUGGUAACAACAAACGAAACGGGAAGUAGCAUAAGAAGAGAUUUGCUGAGCAUUUUGAACGUGCACUCACUGUCAGAUGGAUUGCUCCACACAACAGUAUUCAUUUCAACUAUUUCAAAUUUGCGAGAAAUCGUCGCUAAUGCAUUUCUUCUCUCUGCGUACGCAAUAGUAGCUGAGCAAAUCGCAGUUUUGAAAAAUUGUUUAGAAAAUAUUUUGACGUCCGAAAACUUCCUUCCCAGCGAAAUUUGCUUUGUAAAACUCCGUAGCAAUACUAGCAAAGAACUCCGCAACGCCACGUCCUCGUCUGCAAAUCUCGAUGCUUGGCAACAGUUUCAACAGCACACAGCAAGGGUUUUGGAUAGAAUCAACAAAUAUGCGGCCCCAAUCAUAGUAAUUUCAAUCAGCUCUUACGUCGCACUUCUGACGUUGUCAGCUUUUGCAUUGAUCAAAACGUACUCCGAGCCAAGUUUUGCAGCAAACUUCAUGGCGGGAUGCGUGCUGUACUUGACGGAGAUAUAUUUGUAUUGCGACAGCGGCCACCGCAUCAAGCUGCAGAGAGACGCUCUCGUCGAUGUAGUCUACCACGGACCAUGGUUACGAAUAGAGAAAAAACUUAUUCCCGUGGUGCACUUCUUGACUCUCGACUGCCAAAGAUCCUUUCAGGUUACUGGUGGACCAUUUUUCACGCUUUCCCUGGAAUUCUUCGCAUCAGUGGUGGGUGUCGUCUUUACUUAUUUUAUUGUGGCAAUGCAAAUUAAGUGACAUUUGUGUAGCUUC